AUGCUCCAGCAGGAAGCGGUGGCCUUGGAAGCAGAUAACGCGUCUGAGCUGUGCUCACAGGACACCGUCUCCUCUGCAGACACUCAGGGCCCCAUGCUACAGCAAGCGGAGCGGUCCAGCCCUCUGGGUUCUGGACCCGAAGGUCCUGUGUGGCUGAAUGUGACCUGUCACAACCCACCACAACCCGUCACAACCCACCACAACCCGUCACAGCCCGUCACAAUCCGUCACAACUCACGACAACCCACCACAACCAGUCACAACCCACCACAACCCGUCACAACCCACCACAACCCGUCACAGCCUGUCACAAUCCGUCACAACUCACGACAACCCACCACAAACCCGUCACAACCCGUCACAACCCAUCACAAAACUCACGACAACCCGUCACAACCGUCACAACUCACGACAACCCUUCACAACCCGUCACAACCCGUCACAACCAGUCACAACCCACCACAACUCACCACAACCUACCACAACCCGUCGCAACCAGUCAUAGCCAACCGCAACCUGUCACAACCCACGACAACCCACCACAACCCGUCACAACCCGUCACAACUCACCACAACCCGUCACAACUCACCACAACCCGUCACAACCCGUCACAACCAGUCACAACCCGUCACAACCUGUCACAACCCGUCACAACCCACCACAACCCGUCACAACCCGUCACAACCCACCACAACCCGUCACAGCCCGCCACAACCAGUCACAACCCGUCACAACCUGUCACAACCCGUCACAACCCACCACAACCCGUCACAGCCCGUCACAACCCGUCACAGCCCGUCACAACCCACCACAACUCGUCGCAACCUGUCACAACUCAAGACAACCCGCCACAACCCGUCACAACCCAUCACAACUCACGACAACCUGUCACAACCCGUCACAACCCGUCACAACCCAUCACAACUCACGACAACCCGUCACAACCGUCACAACUCACGACAACCCUUCACAACCCGUCACAACCCGUCACAACCAGUCACAACCCACCACAACUCACCACAACUCACCACAACCCGUCACAACCAGUCAUAGCCAACCGCAACCUGUCACAACCCACGACAACCCACCACAACCCGUCACAACUCACCACAACCCGUCACAACUCACCACAACCCGUCACAACCCGUCACAACCAGUCACAACCCGUCACAACCUGUCACAACCCGUCACAACCCACCACAACCCGUCACAACCCGUCACAACCCACCACAACCCGUCACAGCCCGUCACAAGCCGUCACAAGCCGUCACAACCAGUCACAACCCAUCACAAGCCGUCACAACCAGUCACAACCCGUCACAACCUGUCACAACCCGUCACAACCCACCACAACCCGUCACAGCCCGUCACAACCCGUCACAGCCCGUCACAACCAACCACAACUCGUGGCAACCUGUCACAACUCAAGACAACCCGCCACAACCCAUCACAACUCACGACAAACUGUCACAACCCGUCACAACCCGUCACAACCCACCACAACUCGUCGCAACCUGUCACAACUCAAGACAACCCGCCACAACCCGUCACAACCCAUCACAACUCACGACAACCCACCACAACCUACCACAACCCGUCACAACCAGUCACAACUCACCACAACCCGUCACAACUCACCACAACCCAUCACAACCCACCACAACCCCUCACAACCCGUCACAACUCACGACAACCCGUCACCAGCCACAGCUGGCAUCAGGGGUGGCGGCAGGUGGCUGUUGUGGCUGUUGGGCGAGUUUUAUUGUCACCUUCAAACCAGGUGUGCAGUGAUGUGUCUCUUUGUCUUUACAACUGACCAAGCUUUAUCAUCAAGGCAUCGUCGACGUCCCACCUACAGCCUGACCUGUGGCAGGUAG